CUUGAACGUUGAAGGCAACCAUGGCCCCCUCGUCGUCGGCGGCGACAACCUCUGUCCAAGUCGCCCUGAGGAUAAGACCACCUACGAACCAGGACAGCACCUCCAUACCCGCUCGCUUCCAACGGACAGUUAUUCAUGCUUCUUCGUCCAACUCUGUCGCUGUAGAAGCAACUUCAAGCACGCCAGCUGCCGGUGGUGCGGCAGCGGCUGCGACCUCCACUACUUCAGGUCCUGGCGCUAAAAAACAACACUUCUCCUUUGAUCAAGUGCACGAUCCGUCGACUACGCAGCAUACACUCUUUACUUCCACCGCCCUUCCUCUGGUAUCCCGUUUCAUUGAAGGAUUCAACUGUACAAUACUCGCCUAUGGUCAGACGAGUAGUGGCAAAACUUUUACCAUGACCGGUAUCGACUUAGAUGCUAAUCCCUCUGACCCCAACAAUGGUAUGGGUAUCAUUCCUCGAGCUGUUUCUACAAUCUUUGCCGAGGCGAGACGACUCAAAGAAGAACGAGGAAGUAGUUGGAACUAUAGCAUUAAGGGCUCGUUCAUUGAAAUAUACAACGAAGACUUGAUCGACUUGCUGAGCAUGGACGACGGUGCAGGUGGUCGACGAGAGGUGCAGAUCAGGGAAGACAAGGAUGGCCAUAUAAUAUGGGGUGGUCUACGUGAAGUGAAUGUCAAAAAUCCGAAUGAAGUCAUGACCCUCAUUCGGAAGGGAACGUCAAUUCGUCGGACAAACGAAACCGAUAUGAACGCACAAUCAUCUCGUUCGCAUGCCAUCUUCUCCUUGACCUUCACUCAAAAGAAGUAUAGUGGUAUGGGUGCACCUCCUCGCUCGUCGUCGCCACUUCCUCCAGGUGGACGUUCUCCAUCUCGACUCGCUCGACCUGGUUCGGUUUACUCUGGUCCAGGUUCUGGGUCUACGUCUGGGAAUAGAGUAGGCUCUCCUACUUUUGGUCGUCCGGCUACUCCUAGUUUUGCUGCUGCAAUGGGCAGGGGCGGGGGACUGCGUCCAUCGAGUGCACUUGGUCAUGCUGGUGAUCGCGCUAGCGUCGGUGGCGAUGAUGAAGGAGGUGAAUGGACAACGAUUGUUUCCAAAUUCCAUUUUGUUGAUCUGGCUGGGUCUGAAAGAUUGAAACGGACUGCAGCAGCAGGCGAACGUAUAAAAGAAGGCAUUUCAAUCAAUAGUGGUCUACUCGCGCUCGGAAAUGUUAUAUCUGCUCUGGGCGAUCCUUCAAGAGCUAAAUCGCAUACCGCGACCCACGUUCCUUAUCGAGAUUCCAAACUCACUCGUUUACUGCAAGACUCGCUCGGUGGCAACGCACACACACUCAUGAUCGCUUGCGUUAGUCCCGCUGAAUGGAACGCCGCCGAGACAAUUAACACCUUGAAAUAUGCUAACCGUGCCCGUAAUAUCAAAAACCGAGCUGUGGUUAACGAAAAGGAGGAUGGGUGGGAUGAUGUCGAAUGGUUGCAAGGCACAGUCACUCGGCUUCGCAAGGAGGUGAAAAUCUUGAAAAGCGGCGGUAGCAUCUCUAGCAUCGACGUGGCUGUUCCAGAACCUGUAGAAGGUGCGGGGAAGAAGGUGCUAGCGCAGAUGACGGAAUUGCAGAACAACUACCAAGAUUUAAGAGCCAAAUUUGUCGAGCGCACAGAAGAACUCACCAGGCUACGAAGAGAGUUAGGCGAAAAACAUCGCGGGUCUUCUGGCGCAGUGUCGGGCACCGGAAAGUAUGAGGAAAUUGUCGGUCCAGUGAUCGAGGAGUAUGAGAAAACAAUUGCUGCCAUGGAAGCUGAGCUCAGCCUCAACCGGGCUGCCCUCCGGCAUACAAAUGAAAUGGUGGAAGAGAAAGAGGAAGAGUUGGCAGCGGUGACAGAGAGGCAUUCUGCGACUGAGCUAUACGUUGAAGAACUACGGUCGAGACUUGCGAAGCUUUCGGAAAGGGAAGCAUCGACCGAGGCAUACGUUCGCGAUUUGGAAGAGAAAAUGCGAACAUUUGACGAAACUUCUAUCUCUUCUAGUGAAUCGAUGUCAGACCUCAAGCGCGAAAUAGCCCGGUAUAAGGAAGCAGAUACUCACUCUGCGAAAUACAUUACCGACUUGGAAGCUCGGUUAUCUCGCUCUGACGAAUCUGUGCUUGCGCUCCAGCAAACAGUUGAAAGACUGGAGAAGGAAAGCGAACAACGCCAAGAGGAGGUACAAGUACUCCAAACGCGGCUGGAAACCCUCAGACAGGAUGGCGAGAGUUGGCGGAAUGACCUUGAACAAAGGGAAGCGAAAGUUCGGGAAUUAGAGAUCAAGAUGAAGGAGUGGGAGAAAAAGCGGCAAGAUGCUGGAGAUGCUCGUGUCAGAUUAGGCAGUGUUGUGGACGAAGUGGCGGCUGCCCGACGGAGUUUUGAAAUCGAUCUUUCUACUCCCGGCUCAUCUCCUUCCAAGGAAUUCAACGAAGAAGAUGCUUUUAGUACUGCUGGCCCUAUACUCAAUGGUCACAGUAAAGGCGAUUCUGGCAUUUCCUCGCCAGAUACACCGGAGUCACGAGCUACAGACCCUUCUCUGCAAAAAGAGUUGAUCGCACUGCAGCAGACUCACAACGCCACGCUCGCUGAUCUUUCAUCUGUAACCACUAAGUACCGCGACGCCCUUCGAGAGAUAUCGGACCUAGCUGCGCAAAUCCAGGAAGCGAAGCUCGCCAAUGCCACGGGACCGGAAAGUGUAGCAGACACUACUGAUUCUGAACGAGCAGCUGAAAAACCCGUGAUCAAGAGACGAAUGACCAGUGGUCGUCUGAGGGAAAACAGCGAGACCCAGUACAACACUGGUGGGCGACGACUUUUUUUCAGGCAGGCGGCCUCCACAGAAUCGCUCCACUCGAGGUCGCUUUCGCAAUCGCAAUCGCUUUCACAGGAGCUCUCCUCGGCUCGUUCGCGCAAGCACUCCUCUUCAAGUCACGGAACAGCUAGUUCUCAUUCUCCCACCAACUCCCAUUCCGUGUCGUUGAGCCCGCGUCCCAACCUAUCAAUCUCUCUCCCCAACGGGCUUACGAACAUUGUCCCUGCGGAGAGGUCUGCGGUCAGUCUCGAGAAAGAAAUUAUGCGUUUACAGGAAGUCUUGAAGGAACGAGAAGCUGAGAUAUCUACACUUGAACUCUCACUACUGAAGGCUACUCAAACCGAGAGUUCUGCUUCAUCGACUUCUGAUCAGCUCCGAGAUCUGAAGCUUGAGCUAGACAAUGCCCACGAUGACGAACCUGCUCCUGAAAGUUUCUUAUCGCCUCAGACGAUUAACAAGUUUGCACAUAUACGGAGAAGUAUGCAGUUCCACAGCGAGAAUGGCAACAGCCAACGAGAUCAUGACUCUAAUUCUGCCUCUGAUUCUACGGUAUCUGACACAGACGAGUCGCUUGACAGGUUAAAUGAGCUCAUGUUAUCCAUGGCACAGAAGGAGUCGAGUCACCGAGAGAUUGUCGAUAGCUUGACUAAGGAACUCAACCAAACUCGACGGUCACUUGAUGAACUCACUACACUUUCUCGGGAUCAGGCCCUCAAUAUGUCAACCGAAGUUGAGGCUUUGCGUGAAAAGCACCAGAAAGAUUUGCAGAGGCUUGAAGAGGUUCAGCAGCGCGAAUCGGAACUAAUCGAAACUUUAGCCGAAGCAGAGGUUGGACAUGCUGCGGCCAUAGAAGAGCUUCGAAAAUCUCACUCCGAUGCAAUGAAGCAAAAGCAGAAGGAGUUGGAUAAUCUACUGUCGCGCAUGAGCGAAGAGCACGAAGUCGCGCUUUCAAUACUAGGACGCGAGCUCGCUGCUGCCUCUUCUGCACUCAAGCAGGCUCUGCAAAGUCACGAAGAAGCCUUCGGAAAACUGCAACAGGAACAUGAGGAAGAGCUUCGAAGCAAACUCCAGGAAGCGAGUGACACGCUCUCUCGCGUUCGUCAGGAGCACGAAGACUCUCUUUUGAAAGCUACUGAUGCACAUGCGGAGGCCUUAAAGCAGAAGGAUUCAGAGGCAACGGCCUCAAUUCAGCAGACCGAGGAGGACUACUACAACGCUUUGACUCAAAUGCGAAGUGACCACGCCGAAGCUUUACUGAGGCAUACUGCUGAAUCUACGGCAGCGCUUGAGAAGUUAAAGGAGGAGCAUGCCGCUGAGAUUCGUAUGAGUGAAAGAGCGAAAGAGAGUUUACUUUCGGAAUCCCAGUCAUCCCGCGGUCUGGCUCUCCAGGAACUUCAGGACGAACACUCUUCUGCCAUCUUUCGGAAAGAGGUCUCACAUACGGAGGAUUUGGAGAAAUUGAAAACUGACCAUGCUCGUGCCCUUCUCGAUAAGGACAAAGAUGCCGAAAUCGAGCUUGGAAAAUUGCGUGCCGCCAUCGCGAGGAAAGAGACUACACUCAACGAGGAGUUGGGAAAGGUCAAGUCCGAUCAUAUUGCUGCACUUUCCUCGCUUCAAGCUGAACACACCACUGCGCUUUCAUCCCUCCAAGCCGACCAUGUUGCUGCAAUUUCCUCCAUCCGGGAUGAGCAUGCCUCUAUUCUCUCUUCUACUCACACGGAUCAUGCUAGUGCACUUACCUUAGCGAAAGCCGAGUACGUAUCCCAGUUGGACCAACUACGCGCCGAGCACGAAGAAGCUGUAUUCAAGCUCAAGGAAGAGCAGAAGGCAGAGGGCGAGCGACUCACUUCAGCACUUUCUUCUCUCGAGAAUGACUCGUCGGCAGCUGCUGUUGAGGCUCGCAACGUAAUUGAUGCAGCCGUCCAAUCCCAAAGAGAACAGCAAGCCGCGCUAUUAGCGGAGAUUACACGCUCACAUGCCGACGAACUUGAGCAGUUGAAGGCUUUCCAUGAACAAUUGUCCCAAGACCUAGUUACCACCUCGGAGGCGAAAAUCGCGACUCUUCUAGAGUCACAUACUGUUGAGGUUUUGAAACUGCGAACUCAGCACCAGCAGGAGAUUACCGAGUUGAACAACACCAUGGUUGCAAUUCAGGAGCAACACAAAGAGUCUUUGGAAAAUAUGCGGGCGUUGAGUGAAAGAAGUGUGGCUGAGACGACGCAAAGUUUAAAGGCCGAAUUGAACGACUUGAAUCGCCAGCAUCUCAAAGAUAGCGAAAACCUCCGCAAGGAGAAUGAGCUCCUUAUGCAAGAGCUAGAGGCUCACAAAGUCGCUGCCGAUGAGUUUCUGUUGCGAGACCAAUCACGACAAAUUCAUGAAGAGCAAAUCGCUGAGAAGGACAAUGCCAUUCGGACUGUGGAAGACAGACUAUCGGUUGUAGAGAACGAACGUGACGGGCUUGCUUCCGACCUAGCCAAACUCAGGGCGGAAUUUGAGCGAACUCGCACGGAGCAGUCGCUACUUGUCCAAGAAGCUUCGAAGCGCGAGUCUCUCGUUAUGGAAUUGGAGCGACAUCGUUCUGUACUUGCAGAAAUGCAAGAAAAUCUACAGAGAGUCAAGGACGAGAAAGACACACUACAAAUAGAAAAGGGUCGUUCAGAUUCAAUCGUCCGCGAACUACAGGCGCAAAUCGCUCGUAGCGGUUCUCCACCAAAUGGCCGGCCAGCUACAGAGCGUUUCAAUCGUAUUCCGGGCGCCGCUGGCAUCAAACUGCCUCCUCCGACCCCUCCGCCGUCGGUGCCCCCACCACCUGCUCCUCGUUCGAUACAGCACGAUCCUGGUUUCAGCGCAUCUUCUGCAGGGACAUCGUCGUCAUCCCGAGACUCUCAACAAAUACCAGAAUCCCCUGCUACACCUGCGACAUCCCUCGGUGGCUCCAUUAUUACAUCGAUCUCAGCUGUUACUGAUACCAAAGCACUAGUCAAGAUUGACGAACAGGCAAGGCAGUUGGAAGAACAGGAAGCCAUGAUCAAGACACUCAACAAGCAGCUUACGCAUUGUGAAAGCGACCUCCAGACUCACAUGGAUUUAGUGAGCACCCUUGAAACGUCGUUAGGUGACUCGGAGAAAAACCUGCGUAAAGCCCGCAUGCAUGCAACUGAGCUUGCCCGUGAACGGGACAGGUUAAAUGGGGACAUUGAAGCGCUCCGGAAGGAUCUCACUGAUACUAAGCGAGAGGUUGUGAAUGUUCGACAAUCCAUCGUUGAAGAAAAGCAAUCAUACGAGCAGCGGCUGGACGAGGAGAGAAAGGCAAAAGAGCGUGCGAGGCAGCAGCUCGAUUCGCGAAUGGAGGAGUUAUCGAAACGUAAAUCAAAGUUUGCAUGCCUGUAGGCCCACCUUCACUUUCUCCGCUUCGACCUCUGGCAGGCGACGGCGACCACGCUCGUUUAAACGUUCA